AUGGGAAAUCCAAUUAGACCUUUAGUCAGACAGUGUAUCAUGUUACUGUGCCUUCUCCAGGAAGUGUGGUCACGUGGUAAAAUGUUGGAUCCGCCCGGAAGGUCAUCACUAUGGAGACAGGGGUACAAUUCACCUGUCAAUCAUCAUGAUAGUCAGCUGUUUUGUGGUGGAUACCGGAAUGUUGUGGAGAAUGCCGGAAAAUGUGGUGUGUGUGGUGACCCGUAUCAGGGACCUUAUGAUAACGAGGCUGGCGGAAAAUAUGCCAGCGGUAUCAUUACUAGACAUUAUGACGUCAGUGAUAAAUACAUCAACGUCACGAUAGACCUUGCUGUGUUUCGUAAAGGAUAUUUUGAAUUCCGAAUUUGCCCGAACAAUGACGUAAAUACCCGAGUGAAACAAGAGUGUUUAGACCGUCAUUUGUUACAUAUACAUUCUGUAGAGUUCUUUCCCUUUUUUGAUGGAGUCUAUCUAAAUCCUGAUUCAUUAAUUCCCGGCAGUACUCGGUAUUUUCCGAAGGAUCGAGGAGUUGAUAUGUUUCAGCUUGAGAUCCCGGAAAAUUUGACUUGUAAUCAGUGUGUACUUCAAUGGAAACACGUCACAGGUAAGGUCAAAGGUCAGGAUCGAAAUAAAACUAGUCACGAUUUUCUCCACCCGUUUUCACUACUAUUUUCGCUUGUGUUCUUAGGUGAAUUCUUUAAAUUCUCAUUAAGCUUGUUUACACUUCCGAUAGCGUUUGCAUGA